CGUGACCCUUGCGGGCCCAGGAGCGGCCGGCCGCACAGAGGAGGCGGCGACGGCGGCGGCGGCGACCGCAGCCCGGGAGGUAGCGGCCUGGGGAGGGACCGCCGGCCGCCCUUUCGGACAUCCGCGGCGGAGGCGAAACAUGGCGGAGGCCUCGGCGGCGGGGGCGGACGCGGGCUCCGCUGUCGCUGCGCACCGUUUCUUCUGCCACUUUUGUAAGGGCGAGGUCAGCCCCAAACUACCGGAAUAUAUAUGUCCCAGAUGUGAAUCAGGCUUUAUUGAGGAAGUGACAGAUGAUUCCAGUUUUUUAGGUGGUGCUGGCAGCCGGAUAGACAAUAGCACAGCAACACAUUUUGCAGAGCUCUGGGACCGUCUGGAUCACACAAUGAUUUUACAAGAUUUUAGACCAUUUCUAACUAGCAGUCCACUGGACCAAGAUAAUAGAGCCAAUGAGAGGGGUCACCAAACUCACACUGACUUUUGGGGACCAAGUCGGCCUCCAAGGUUGCCAAUGACGAGAAGAUACAGGUCUCGGGGAAGUACUCGUCCUGACCGGUCGCCAGCUAUUGAAGGAAUAAUACAACAGAUCUUUGCAGGAUUCUUUGCAAAUUCUGCAAUUCCUGGAUCCCCACAUCCUUUUUCUUGGAGCGGGAUGCUGCACUCCAACCCUGGGGACUAUGCCUGGGGUCAGACAGGGCUUGAUGCCAUUGUAACCCAGCUUCUAGGACAACUAGAAAACACAGGUCCCCCUCCGGCAGAUAAGGAAAAGAUCACUUCUCUCCCAACAGUGACAGUAACUCAGGAACAAGUUGAUACGGGUUUAGAAUGUCCAGUAUGUAAAGAAGACUACAUAGUUGACGAGAAAGUCCGGCAGUUACCCUGCAACCACUUCUUUCACAGCAGCUGCAUUGUGCCGUGGUUAGAACUGCAUGACACAUGCCCAGUGUGUAGGAAGAGCUUAAAUGGUGAGGACUCCACUCGGCAAACCCAGAGCUCUGAGGCCUCUGCAAGCAACAGAUUUAGCAAUGACAACCAGCUACAUGACCGAUGGACUUUCUGAAACUAAAGACUACAUAUUAAUCUUCUUAUCAUAGCUGUAAAUUGUUUCAAAACUAAACAAGCAAACAAAGUAGUAGAUGGAUUUAGGAAUCAUGUAAGAAACCCCAACCCAUAAUAUUAAUGCAAUGAGUGUAUUUCUCUAAAUUUAAGGUUAGAUGGAAUUGUAUCUACAACCAAAUGCCUCUUGUUCCUGAAUUCACAGUGAUACUUUUUUGAGUGUAAAACUUAUGUCAGUUUGCUCCUGCCUGAGUAGAAUCAGUUCCUUAAAGUCUAGCUAGGGUUCUGCUGUCAUGUUGUCUUGUAAUGGAUGUCUCUACCUCCUCCUCCAAUCUCUGUCCCACCAGUAGUGGAUUUUGCAGCAAAUACAGAGGAGCCAGAGCCCUAUAUAAAGUCUUUAAUUGUGCAAGAGUACCUACUCUUGGCCACAUUAGCAAGGUAAGAAUAACUCAGGAGUCUGAGACUGUGCUUGCCUUGAUCUUCAGAGAGCAAACAAGGAAAACUACAGUGGGAAGGAAAAGUGGCCUGUCAUCUACACUUUGAUUUUUUUAUUUUAAUUCAGGAAGUGCAGUGUCCCUAAAAACCAACAUGGCAUGUCUUAGUCUUGGGUUGGAAGAAAUCUGAUUUUGGUUCCUUUUUGGCAUUAAGUUGGGCAGCACAUAAUAACACAGAAGGACAGAUGUUGGAAAUCCUUACUACUGAGCUGUUUUUGAUGACCUUCACCUCUUUGUUUACUGUCUUUCAUACUCGGGACCUUACAAUAAUUUCCCUCAGAAAAAUAGGAUUAUUUUAGUAGUGCUUCUAUACCAAGGCACAUUUUUGAUAAUUCAUUGUUAUUUAGGGUUGGGAUUUUAUGUUGCCUUGUUUUAGUUUGUAAAGCCCAUUUUUUAUGUGUGAAACUGUUCCUGUUCUGUUCAGUUCUCCCUAUACUUGGAAUCAAUCUGAUCAAUGUAAUCAUGCCCAAAACAACUUCUCUGGGAAAGGUAGACCUCGCUUUAAGUUCUAACACUGCCCAUACACAUGCUCUGUCCAUGUUUAAAACUGAAUAAAUGGAGAUUGGUGAGAAUGGUGUUGAGCUUCAGUGU